AUGUGCAGCAGCAGGCUCUUCCGUGCAGAUCUACAUCUUGACAAAUCCACGGUACGCGAGAGUCUCUGGUUUAGCGUCAUGCUGCGCCGGCCACAAUCGGCCAGCAGGGAGGAAAAGUACGCAUUUGUCGAAGAGUUGAUCAAGAUGCUGGGUAUGGAGGAAUACGCCGAUGCCGUCGUAGGCAUCCCUGGAGAGGGGUUGAACGUCGAGCAGCGCAAACUUCUCACCAUCGGCGUCGAACUCGUAGCCAAGCCGAAGCUGUUACUAUUCCUCGACGAGCCCACAAGCGGCCUCAACUCGCAGAGUGCAUGGGCGAUUCGCGUGUUCCUGCGUAAACUUCCCAACGCCAUCCUCUUUCAGCAGUUCGACCACCUGCUCUUCCUGGCCAAGAGCGGCAAAACAGUCUACUUUGGCGACAUCGAACAGAACUCUCGCAUCCUCAUUGACUACUUUGAGCCCAACGGGUCGCGGCAGUGCGGCGAUGAGGAGAACCCUGCCGAAUGGAUACUGGAGCUGGUUGCCGAAGAGACAAACAGCAGCAUCGGCGACACUGCCGCAGUCGGCGACACUGGCGCCGACAGCCAGGGCGAGUUCGCCAUGCCACUGGGAGCGCAGUCCGCACCGCAUAUUUGGGAAGUACUGGCGCAUACCGCAGUACGUCCUCGCCAAGCUGGCCUGGGCCUCGCGACGGGCCUGUUCAUCGACUUCAUCUUCUACCAGCCAAAGGGCACGCAAGCCGGCAUGCGCGACGUCUUGUUCGCCGUCUUCAUGAUCACGACACCCUUCACAACGCUCGUGCAGCAGAUCCAGCCCCUCUUCAUCACGCAGCGUCGCUGUGCGAGGAUCAGCGCUGGCGCAACUUUGGCAUCAUGUCAAGAAGUGGAAUACGAGCAGUCUGAAGUGGAAGAAGCAGAAGGCACAUGGACCUAG